AUAUGUCCACAUAGGUCUAUUUGCUGCAAAUGGACGCCUUCGUUGCUAUGUGCUUUCAAAAAACGUGAUGCCCAUGUGGUCUUUGCGACAUUAUAAACGUGCAUCUUUUCUACUCGUUGAUCGCGUUCAAAGGCGUCGUUGACGCCUGCCAAGCAGCCCGAUCUGCCGCUUUAUCAAGAGAGCUCGUGAUAAGUGUUUGGUACGUGACAAAUUUACCACGACACACGUCCAGAAGUCACGAUGCUGUCGAACGUCGACUUGCUUUCCAACUGUGAACGCGACUUCAUCAAGACCGCAGUCUCGGAAGACAAGCGUGUCGACCACCGGACUUCCAAGGAGAGCAGAAACGUGCGAGUCUCCUUUGGCCUCGACAGGGGAUGCUGUGUUGCCUCGCUCGGCGACACCAAGGUGCUGGUGCAGGUGUCUGCUGAAAUUAUAGUACCCAAACCUGGAAGGCCCACGGAAGGAGAACUCUUUGUGAACCUCGAACUGUCACCAAUGGCAGCGCCACACUUUGAAGCAGGUCGACUUGGUGACUAUGGUGUUGAGGUUGCUCGCCUCUUGGAGCGCUGCAUUCGCGACUCUCAGUGCAUUGAUCUCGAGUCUCUGUGCGUGGUGUCUGGUGAGAAGGUGUGGGCACUUCGGGUCGAUGCGCAAGUGUUAAACCAUCAGGGUAACAUUGUUGAAUGUGCUGGCAUAGCAACGAUUGGCGCGCUCAUGCACUUUCGUAGGCCUGAUGUAACUGUCAUUGGGACAGAAGUGACUAUCCACAACCCAAGGGAUCGUGAACCAGUUCCCCUGCACCUACACCACUAUCCUUUCCUUGUGUGCUUUGCCUUCUAUGAUGACGGAAAAACCGUGCUCAUUGACCCUACCGAUCUGGAAGAACGGAUUGCCGAGGGUCUUUUGUCUAUCGCUGCAAAUGCCCAUGAAGAGAUCUGUUUGUUGCAUCAGCAUGGUUGCACUGUUCGCAGGGAUUUGGUGUUGCUCUGUUCCAGACUGGCCUCGGUGCGUGCCAAGACACUUGCUGCGAAGAUUAAAGCUGAAAUUGCCAAGGAUGAAGAAGGUAGAAUGAAGAACAGGAGGGUUGGUUUUGCCGCUGCCCUUGAAGUUGAUGAGGAUGAACACCUGACAACUAUGUUGGAGCCAGAAAGCAUAGAAAUUGAUGAUGUAGAGCUACAGGAACCCCCUGCUGAAAGAACAACCGCAGCAAUCAAGACACCGGAGGUUGUAUCCAAAGCCAAGGUGUUCUUGGAAGGUUUAGGGACGGCAGUGAUUGGAAAAGGUGGUCCUAGCAGAUGGGGUGUCUUGGAGCAUUCCGAUCGUGCAGGCAAAAGUGCAGGAAAAGGUAGUAGAAAGAGGAGAGGACCUUCGCUACAAGUGGCAGAAGAUGGAAGCGACAGCAGUGAGGAGGAAGAGGUUAUUGUACUUCAACCUGAAGACACCAAUGCGAAUACAAGGACUGCACAACAAAUGGAAAGCACUGCUGAGGCUGCCGAGGGCGGUUCUUCUCGUGGGUGGUAUCCAAAGACUCCAUUUUGAAUGCAUGCCAGGUGUGUGUGUGUGUGUGUUUGUGCGCCAUGCAACAGGUCUUAUUCUUAGUGGCAUCUAAAUGGCAGGGUAGGGUUUUUAUAUUGUCCUUGCGUGUGUGGCUGUUUUAGGCAUGGACAGAAAAUUGACGAUAAGUUUUUAAGCAGCACACACCAAAUCAAAUUAAGGAUUCACUUAGAGUGUGACAUUGGAUUAGAACAUGGUAAUCUGCUUGCCACUUGCAUAGCGGUAGAGGUAAGUCAAUAGAUGGCCAGUUUAGGUUAUGAAAAUUUUUAUAUAUUUGUUAGUAUGCCCUCUGCAAGCCAUUAUUGGCAUUUGUGAAUAUGGAAUGAUGGGAGAUGUUGCGCACCAAUGCAUGUGCAUUUAUGUUUGGUUGUGGAACCUGAAAGGAACUUGAAAUUGCUCAUGUUUGGAAACAAUAAAAUGUGGCAUGCCC